AUGGGGCCUGCGGCCAGUCCUUCGGAUUCACAGUUGCUUACGUUUGAGGAAGAUGACCCACCAGAACCACUUGAGCUAGCAGUUAAACAAGUUGUUAGUGUUGUAAAGUCAGCUCAAGAGAAGGUGGUUUCUUGUAAUGUUGUGGGGGAUUCCGUUAAAUUUGUUGUCACUGUCUCACAUACUUCGCCCGUGGCUGGAGAAGGUCAGUCGUACAGCGUGAAGUUGUCUCCACUUCACUUGCAGCUUCAGCUCUAUGUGAAAGACAAAGGAGAAGAUGUCAAAGUUGAGUGGUUCCUUGUUAACGCCGAUGAAACCAACUUUGAAAUCCAGCAAACAGUACAGGAGGGACAGACAGCAGGGACAUGUGCAAUAUCUGAAACGCUCAGAGAUGUUUUGAAGAACCUCUUUAGCUCAGUUUCUCCAUCUGUAGUGUUGAGUACGAGGCCUACAGAUAUAAAGGAGGUUCAGAAUGUACAGAACAUAAGCCUUCUCCCUCAGGGCACUAGUCCGCCUAAACCUCCAAGGGCUCAUGAACUCAAACUGCUGGUAAAGAACAUCGCAGUAAACCUAACUGAUCACAGUGCUGCAGGCAGCACAAACCUUGUGUGUAUAGUUCAGUUGAAUGACCCUAUGCAGAAGUUUUCCAGCUCUGUAGCCAAAAAUGCUGCAAAUCCCUUUUGGACAGAAGAGUUUAUCUUUGAACUAAGUGCCAAAUCAAAAGCAUUGCAACUGCAAAUAGUAGAAGAUGGAAAGUUGGAUAGACCUUUGUCCGCAAAGGUGACUGUACCUCUAGACUUGUUCAGGAAACAACCUUCUGGACAGCAAAGCUUUGCACUGAACAGCAGGGCCAGUGAGAGCAGCUCAGAGCCGGGGCCCGGGCUGGGAUCCGUUAGUGCAGAGUUCUUUUUUAUAGAACCCAAUGAAUUAAAGACGUGGCAAGUCUCUUCUCCAGUGCCAGCCACUAAGAUAGAAAAGGAUCGCACUGUGAUGCCCUGUGGGACUGUGGUCACUACUGUAACUGCUGUGAAAACCAAACCUCGUCUAGAAGGGAGAUCAUCUCCACUGAGCACAGAUUCUCCUGUGAAAACUCCAGUUAAAGUAAAGGUGAUUGAAAAGGAUUUCUCUAUUCAAGCUAUCCAUUCUCAUGGUGCUCCAGUCAGCAAAACUUUAUCGUCUUCAGAUACAGAACUGCUGGUACUGAAUGGCACCGAUCCUGUUGCAGAAGCAGCCAUUCGGCAGUUAAGUGAGUCUGCAAAGCAGAAGCUGAAGUCUCCUAGAAAGAAGAGCACCAUUAUCAUAUCAGGGGUGUCCAAGACCUCUUUAUCUCAGGACAGCGAAGCUGCACUGAUGAUGGACUAUGCUGCAGCCAUGGACAGCUCCUGCAAAGAAGUAGAUCCACCCACUGCGGAGGAAGCUGUUGCAAAAGUCACCUCUGAUGAAAAGCUAUCAUUAGGUGCUUCAGAAAUAGUACCUGAUGCUGACCCACAGCAAAGUGCCCAUAAGGCUUGGGGUUUGGAGAACGGCAGCCAACAGUGGGACACCAACAUGCUCUUAGACCAGACCUGUGAAGAAAUAUCUGGGAGCUCAUUAAGCGUUUCAGAAACUGGGAGCAUGAAAAAAUCUAAAGGUGGGAUUUUGAAAAAAAGUGCGAAGCUCUUUUUCCGCCGGCGACAUCAUCAGAAGGAUCCAGGAAUGAGUCAAUCGCACAACGAUCUUGUCUACCUGCAGCAGCCACUGUCAGAGGAAACGCGCAAGAAGGGAGGCACGCUUUCACGUAUUCUGAACAGAAAGCUCCUUUCAAAAAACAAAAGCAAGAACAAACUGAAUGGUGCUUCGGCAGAACCAUACGUAUAAGACUGAACACUGUCUGAUGGGAUACUUGCACAUCAGUUGACCAUUUGUUUACAGAGCAGCACUAGAGAAUACAAAUGUGGCUGAUGACUUGCAUAAAAUCAUGUUCACUAAUACAGUGGUCCAGGAAUAAACAGAAAGCUUGUCUUUUUUGUUUAUUUUUCCAGAACGCUUUUUCUCUCUGAUUGUAAAGUUGCUCCUCCAAAUACAAGCAGCGCUAACUGUAUCAUGACAGCUUUUGGAGGACCAUGUGGUUUAUUGUAGAAGAUGAGGGAGGAUGGGGAAUGAUGCAGGUGGGGAGGACCUGCAUGUAAGCACCUAGUUUACGUUAACGGGGAGCUAAGGACUGAAACAUCAUACCUGCUAUAUGACUGAACCACUAUAAAGAGAGAAGAUACCACUGUGCUUCCUUACUGCAGCCUGGAAUAGUAGCAACGCAAGUCUCAACUUCUUUUUCUAGUCAGCCUGAAAGGGAAAAGAGAGACCCAGAUCCAGUUUGUAUCGUAAUUUGGAAACGGGUAAGUUUUCAGAAGCAGAACUAAAAUGCUGAUUAAGAUAGCCUACUGUAGUAACUGUAGCCUGCUGUAAUAACUGCUCAGUCCAUGUAGGUGGAGAGAUGCCUUUGAUAUUAGCCAUAAAUCAAUAAAUUAUGCAAAUACUUAUACUAGCAUAUUGUUUGAUGUUCUGUGCAUAAGUUAUGCUUAAAAAAACAGAACGUUUUUUAAAGUCUACUUGAGUCUACUACUCGCAAACAAAACAUUUACAAAUUCUUAUAUGUAGCUUUUCUUCCCUGUGUGAGAAGCUGCGUUGCUGAUGCAAAAACCUAUCUUAGGGGCUCUAAUUCCUUCUCCCAAGUACUUGCUAGACAAGUAUAUUAACCAUCAUAUCAAAUGCAAAGCUAGGAGCAAUAAGUGAUGAAUAGAGCAUAUUUAACCCUGUAAUGCUUUUCAUUAGACAGCUUGUUUUACUUGCCAAACACUUACUGAGAUCUUAGAAAACACAGUUGUGAAGAGAGCUUUUUAAAAAAUAACAACAACAAUUCCCUUAGUCAUCUUUCAGUUUCUAGAUCUACCAGUGUCGUCAUGUGGUGAGUGGUUGGUUGGGUGAGUUUUUUUACUUUUUUCCUCAUUAAAUAUUGCAGCUGGCUCCUUUAAAUUAAAAGGAAAAACUGAUGAAAGUAAAGGCAUAGUUCUUAUUUCGGCUAUUAAGAAGAGUAAAAUGGCAGUCAGUAUUUCACAGGUACCAUCUUUCGUGCAUACCUGUACUUUUCCAUCACCUACAUUCCUACUGAGGACAAAGGACCAAGCCUGUUCUCUUUAGCCAAGAAAAACAUCCAUUCCAUCUAAAUUACUGACAUGAAUGAAUGACAGAUUUGUGCCUGCUUUGCCGACAGUGAUUCCCCCCCCCGCCUUUCCUCCCCUUAAAAGACAUCCAACACUUUGGCAGAUAUUUGGGCUUUCAACUUAAACCAUUCUUCAAAAAUAGAAAGUCACUGAAGAACAGAAACACAUUUCAAAACUUCUGAUGGACUCUAGAUUCCUUGGUAAAUACUUCUAUAAAGAAUAUAAAAGUAGAGGGGGUUUGGUUUCUUUUUUACCAAGAAAAUAAUGGAAGAAAUGAACUGUCACAGUCUUUUAACUGAUCCUACUGUUUAAAAACACUGUUUAUGUGUAACCUCCUAAAAUCACUGUGGUAGUACAGUAGUCCAGACUAUUCAAAUAGUUGUACAUUUAAGCAUGCUGUUUAUGAUGAAAAAACUUGAAGGCAUUUUAAUAUUCUGUAUUUUGAAAAUUGGUUAUAAAUUAGUCUUCUAGAGCUGUAACGUGCUUAGAAAUCCCAGUUCAGUAAUACAGGUUUGUCCAGCUUGAAUGUGCUUGAACACUUUUGUUUAUUGUUAAUUUAACACAAAGUAGAAGUUAGGUUUCUUCAUUUGUUCUACAGUGGUUCAUGAUACAAGCAUUAAAAAACAUGAUGUUGUGUUCUCUCAACAUACAUUUUUUCCCUUGACUUUACUAGGAGCUCUUUGCAUGACGGGGCAGGGUGGGGGGUCAAAUCCCUGCCUUGUUUUAAAUGCUCAGUCUUGUUUGCUGAAGGAGAAACCCACAACUGGUCACUGAGUUCAAGAAAUCAAAGUGAGACCGAGCUCCAUGGGUAGCACCCCCUUACACUAACAGCAAAGAGCUGUGGGAUUGGGAAUGUAAAGGGGGCACGUAACACUACUUGAAGUCUGCUUAAAGUACUGAACUGGGAUUUCAAUUUCCAGAAGCUUUAUCACGUACUGUAGAAUGGGGUGGAAAUAACACUGAAUAACGUGCAGAAUACAGAAGUAGGGUUUGCUUGUAGCUUACCCCAAGGAACAGAUACACACUGAAGUGGUUUUUUGGUUCCUCUUUCUUAAGGUCUUGGUGAUUGCCUAAAUGCGUGUCUUGAUGGCGGGAACGAGAACGUUCUAUACUGCAAACUGUGUGAAGGUUUGGGCUUGCAUAUAUUGAGAGAGAAUGAGGAAAGCAAGGCAUUUGGGGUAAAAAGGGAAUCCUGUUUUUUAAUUGCCUUCGCUCCUCAGGAAAAUAAGCAUCGUUUGGUUUGAUGUUUGACCUCCAUAGCUGGCUGGUGUGUUCUUCACCCCUUCCUACUACUCUACAAAUAAUUUAUGUCCUGUUGUAAAAACAAACUGAAGUACUAAACACAAAGGGAGAACUGAGUUGCUCAGUCGUGACAACCCCAAAGGCCCAUAAUAUUGAACCCCGUUCCCACCUUCUGAGACGAUUAGGUUGUCAUUUAAGAUCAGGGGAUCCGAGUAUGUACAUUUUUUGUGUACUAGUGUUUAGGUCAGUGUGAGUUGGGUCCUGACAACCAGCGGGAGCUAUGCUACAGGUUUGGGUCGGGAAGACUGGAUUUGUAAACUGGCAUAACUAACACUGCGACGUACCCUGUCAGGUGCUGCAUAUCUCCUGUGCAGUUGUGUGAAGGAUGCUGGAGGGAAUAAUUUUGCUCUUUUAUGUUUUGCAAUCUUCGUAAUUGUAAUAACUACACAUUUGAACAGUAGAACAAAUCUCUGCUUGAUAUUACACUGAAAACUUCUUGUUUUCUGUCUUCCAAUUUAAUUACUUCAGAACAAUAGCUUGGAAACAAUCUGUGAAAUCUUUCUUCCUUUUUGCCCCUUUUCUUACACUUUUGUGUUUCUGGAUGUUCUGUACAGCAAAGGCGGCGUGGUAUUUAUUUUAUGAGGACUAAGAGAUGAAGGCUUGCUUUUCUGUUCUAAAGAAUUUUUCUGCCCAUAACUGAACCUUCUUAAUCUGUACUUGUGGUUUGUUUUGCUUUAUGGCAUUUUAGCUUUUCAUUUGCCUUGAUGGAGACAACCUGCAUCCUUACCUAACGAAGAUUUGCCUUGGCUUUAGUGUGAAUUUUGACCGAGUAAGUACUACAAGAGUUAAAUUUAUCUUUGUAGAUUAAAGCAAUAAAAUUUCCUAAUACUUCAGGUGUGAAUACAAGCUAGGUAACUUUCCUAAAGUGACUAAGAUCACUUUAAAAGUCACUUUAAAGAGGAGGGGGUCCUUUAUCCCUCGGUCACUGGUAUUUCUUAUCCAAUUCACCCCAGGAAGAAAUGACAAGUCAUUUCACUCCUAACUAUAUAUGAAAUUUGUGAAUCUUAGGUGGCAGGAAGGAAGAAGGAAUGCCUUUUUUUUAGUAGUGAAAAAAAUUUCAUAUUCAUUUAAAAACCAAAAUACCUUUGGCAAGCUUCUUUGACUUAAUGGACAGGUCAUAAACUGUGCAGGCAUAAAUACUGGGCUUUAUUCUUAUGCUUUCUGUUAGAUUUUCUUUUUCCUCUGCUCUUUCUUUGGGAGAGAGGUUGGGGCUCCAGGUUAUACAGACCUGUAGUUACUGUCUGGCUCUUGAGAGGACUUGGCUUCCAGCGCUGCUUUUUUCGAGGUGUUCUGUUGCCUGGCAAUGAUACCAGUUUUGAGGAUCAGUGAAAUUUUACAGCAUUUCCUGGUCCUGCAUCUCCUCGCUGGUUCUAGGUGGUUUUCAAGUGAAAGCUUUCUGCUGUGUAUUUCUUGUAAAGUUUUGGUGUUCUUGAUUUGCAAAGUAUCAUAGGAAAAAGCGAAGUCAACCACAUAAAAUGCUACCAAAUGUGUAUGGAGAAGGAAAAUAAGAGUCUUGCUCUUGUUUUAACAUCUUUUUCAGCUCUGGUAGCUCUAGGUGUUAAAAGCAGCAAGAGCUCUAUACAAGAUGGGAGCCACAUGGCUUUUUCAUUUUAGUUUAUUGCAGUUUUUGAAUUGUAGAGCUGAAGUUUGCGAUAAGUGCUUAUCUUGGUACAGAAUUAAGUAUACUGUAGCUCCGGGCUAAGACAUUCCCAAUGUGAGUGGGAGCAGCUGACCUCAUGCUUUGACCUCCACAGGACCUAAGUGGAUUUAUUCAUGUGUUUGAAGUCAGCAUAUGCUUCUGUACAUUGCUGAGCCACAGCCUUGUUGACAAACAACUCAAGAUUAUAACAGGGGUGAUUACUUUAAGUUAGGGGUGAAUAAUAUCAUUUCACUCAGGAUAUCCAAACUGUUACUAUGCAAGGUGCUGGCAUGGUGUGAAAAUAGCUGAUAAGGAUGGGUCCGAGGUCUUUCCAAUACUAUAACUGUGUAUUUCCCAAUAAUGUAGUAUGCUCUGAUAUUCCAGAUGGGGUAAAACAUUUUUUUCUAGCAUUCAACUGUGAUAGUCACUUCUUCUGUGGUGGGGUUUAUUUUCUUUUUUCCGUGUGUACACAAAAUUAAGUUGGUGCAAUUAAGAAGUCUAUGAUGUACAGAUUUAUUGUAUCACUAAAAAGCCUGAGAAGAGGAUUUUUUAAAGAAAUAACUACUGCUGUACGUACAAUAAAAGCCAAUUGUCUC